UGUGGUCACCGGCCGUAAAGUCGAGCCUGAAGCACGACUACCUUCAGGUGAACUUCAUGCGCGUCACCAGGGUGUCGCAGGUAGAGGUGGUGUACGUGCCUGGUUCGCGGCGGGUUUCCAAGUACCGGCUGCUCUACAGCGACAACGGCCAGGACUGGCACAAGCACGGAGACGUUCGAACCCUGGACCACAAGAACGGCGUUGCCAUCGACCGUCUCGAGAAGACGAUCCAGGCACGCCAAAUCCGCUUCGUCAUUGAGGAAGCGUCCGACCCGCAGAUGGAAGACGAGCUCCUGGUGGGCAUGCAACUCGAGCUGUACGGAUGCUACAUCGAGGAGCUGAAACAAGAGAACGGAGCUGCAUGUGAAGAGGACAACACCUGGUACUCUCACGUAAAAACCAAGAAGACACGUCACUUUGCCGUGGACACGACCAACAACAUCGUCUACUUCUGCGACUUCCACGGAAAGACUGAUCACUUGGCAUGCUUCUCAUCCAACGAUGGAGGGAAAACUUGGAUAAUCCUGGAGCCGUUCGUGAACCACCUGUUGGGCUUCGACCCGGAGUCUAGCCGCAUGCUGGCGAGCGACUCGUCGGGCGAGUCCUUCCUGGCCAGCUCGGACGGCACCCACUGGGCGCUGGUGCCCAGCCGCGCGGCCAACGCCUCGCUCAGCCGCGCCAACUUCGUUCCCAGCCUGAUCGUGCCCGCGCUGACGCGCUCCGACAUCCUCUCCAAGGACCUCAUCAUCGGCGAUUGGAAAGCCACCUACGACGGUCUUGUGUACAAAGACGCCGAGGCACCGGCCGCCAUCUGGAAAGGUUGCUGCACAGGAACGGAGUAGCCGCGACACCGGCUAACCACGGCGUCUACUCG